AUGGACUUGAGAAAUAGAAAUACAAGAAAAGUGUUACUUUAAAUGUUGGAGAAACAAUUGAAAUAAAUAAUGAGUGAGAAUACUACAAAAGUGAAAUUUUAGGAAUAGUUGGCUAGAUUUAAUAUUUAUGAGGAUUAAAAGAGAGCUAGAUAGUAAUAAUAAUAACACAGUCCAUCACCAUAAUUAAUGAGAACAAAUAGUUAAUCAGAUCAUAUUGAAUUUUAUGAAAGGCAACAAUCUUAAUUACAAUUAAAAAACAAACGAUUGUAACAAUCAAAAGAGAAAUCUAUAUAAAAAAAGUUGUAAGAAGAAAUUCAAGAAGCAACAUUUCAUCCUAAAAUCCUUAAGCCUAAAAAUUAGAAUACUUAAAAGAGUGAUUUAUAUUAAUAAGGAAUGAAAUGGAUGUAAUAAAAAGUAUUAAUUAUUAAUAGAAAAGGCUGAUCAUAUAGAUAAAUUGAAGGAAUCUUCAAUGAUUCAAAUAAAUUAAGAGAAUUUAUUUAAACCAAUGGUAAAUAAAGUAUCAGAGAAAAUAAUAAAAACAACUAAUUAAACGAAUUUCUUUUAAAGAAUGAAUAAAAAUGAAGAUAAAAAGAAAGAGAAAAUGAAGAGAUUAAAGACUGAUGCAACACCUUCAUUCAAACCUAAGAUAAAUGGUAUAUAUUAAGAUUAAUAAAUUAGAUCGUUCAAAGAGAGUAUAGAGUACAUUAAAUAAAGAUAUUUUAUAAGUUUCUGUUAAUUUAGAAUUAAUGGAGAAGAUUAGGAAUUAUAAUUAAAGAGAAUAAAAUCAUUCAUGCCAUGAAUAUCCUAGAUAGAGAAAUUGUUCAUCAGCAUUAUCAUAAUCAAUAGAUUUUGAUAAAUUACCAUCAAAUUCUCCAAGUUUUAGAAAUUCUAGAAAUUCAAAUACAAUAAAGAAAUAACCAAAAAUACAGAUAGAUUUUAAUUCUCCUAAUUAGAAUAUGACAAUGUUAUAUGAAGCAUUAGGUGAUUAAAAAUAUGAUUAUUUUUGA